AUGAGUCAACAACCAUCAGACCACUACAAGCGCAGCAUACAGGUGCCUGUUCAAGACAGCACUCAACGUGGUGUCCAGGUAUAUCCGGUCGAGCGCGGAAACGAGUUAUCGUAUCGUGAUCCGAGGGGUAGAACAAAUUCAUCAGUGACGGGUAGCACGCAUCCUCAACAAUGGCAUUCAGUGAGGCGCGAAUCCCCACAAGGCGCACCUCGUUCAGACCACCACGCAGCGCAACAUCAGAUGCUAGCCGAUGCAUACUUUCGAAAAGAGGAAGGAGGUGACUUCGAACGAGUUCCGUGGAGAGAAGGGGCUUCGCAGACUGCCGGGGAUUUUAUACCCAAGACUAACUCAUGCAUAUUCUUAACAGCCCACCACGCCCCCUUUCUUUCCUCACCGCCCACGACCUUUCAACCACUGCGGGACCGCCAGCACCAGGUCUUAACAUGGGAUCCAAACGCUCAAGAAAGGAGACAUUCUGAAUCAGGAUAUGAUCAUGCGCAUAGCUUCCAGCCACCUCCAGGAUCCCGUAGUGACACGACUUCAACUAUAUUGAGAGGUUCAGCUUCACCUAUGAACCGGGACUACGAGCACCACAGACCAUCGGCGGCCUCCAGACACCCUUCCGCGCAAUCUUUCGGCCCCUAUACCACUACAGUACUUCAGUCAGGAAGGAGUUCCGCCGCUCUUUCCGGCCCCGGCAAUCAUCGCCGUUCCCACUCGCCUUCACACACACCAUAUUCCUCACAGCAACAAUGCCAACAGGGCGCCCACAAUCCGGAGGCCGCAGUUCGCUCCACUGAAACCCAACAAUAUGUGGUUCCAUCCUCUCGUAUUCCCAGAGCUGAUUUAGCAUCUCACACUCCACCCGCUGGCUAUUAUGAUACGACGAGGGUAUCGCACAGUCCAGAGGAGUUGUCAGAAACAAAGCCAAAACGUCGUCGUGCCAACGCAGCACAGCUUAAACUCUUAAAUGAUACAUAUUCUCGGACUAUGUUUCCGACCACCGAGGAGAGAGCUGAUAUUGCCCGGCGCAUAAACAUGACUCCUCGCCAGGUGCAGAUUUGGUAA